AUGUUUGGUUCUCGCCCCAGCGCGCCCUACCAACUUGCGGGCGUGCCAAAUUAUUGGCGAAAGAAUCGCCCGCCCGCAGAUUGCCCAAGAUUUGGCUAAAAAUACACUGUGCCGCGCCAUGCGAACUGGGGCUCGCCAAAAAACUGGAAGCAAACCAAACAGCAGUCGUGGGUCAUGGGGCUUGCCAAAAUUUUGGUCCGGCCAGCUUUGGCCAAGAACCAAACGCACCCCUAGAGGCCCAGCCCGCCGCCGCCCGCUGCCGUCCGCCACCGCUCUCUGCGAGAUGGCCGGAAAAUCCAAGAGGACAACUGCACCGGUGCCUCUGGAGUUCCCAUGGCAGACGGCUCAGCCCGUCCCGCUGCCAGCAGCUCAGCCCGUCCCGCUGCCAGCAGCUCAGCCCGUCCCGCCUCCGGCCGCUCAAUCUGGCGCCCCACUGCCGGCCAUCCCUUCCAUGUUUGCAACUGGGUCAUGGUUACCAGCGCAAGCACCACAGUCCAUGGCGGCCACCACUCCACCGUGUUGGCUCCCCGGGGUACCUCAACCGGGCGAUUUGUCGGCUCAAGGCCCAUGGUGGACACCGCCCACUGGAAUUGGAGUCUCAGCACAACCUACACCCACGGCUGGGAAUCUUGAUGCGUACAAUCUGCAAGCUUGCAGGGGAUUGGAUUCUCACCCGCCUGGUGAUUUCCUUGGUUUCUUUACAAACACAUCAAGCCACAAACAAACUGUUGAAAAUGGGACUUCAUCGCAGCCAAUCAAAUUAUAGGAAGAACGAGCAAUAUUGGAAAGAGGUUGCUGCUGUCUACAACAUUACCACCCCAAAAAACAGGGCAAGGCUAGUCAAGCAUGUGAAGGAUCGCUUCGCGAAAAUUAAGAAAAAGGUUGCAUGGUUUUGUGCAAGCUGGAAGGAGGCUAAUGCUUUGUAUGCUAGUGGCGAAUCUGAUGUAGAUUUAAAGAAGAGGGCAAUGCAAACUUAUGAGGCAGAUCACAAAGAAGACGGCCCAUUUAUGUUUGAGCACUGUUGGGAGGAACUCAAAGAGCAACCAAAAUGGGACGCAUAUUUGGAACGUCUAGAAGAUCUAGAACCAGAGAAGAGAAAGUUUAGUGUUGAUGAUGAAGUGGGGAACCAUUUCACUCUUGAUGAUGCUCGAGAUGAACGACCACCAGGUGGCAAGCAAGUUAAAGAGCAGCGGAAACAAAAAAGAAAGAGUGAAAGUUGUAUAAUAGAUCUUGAAGGUGAGCUUAGCAAGUUUGUAGAUGCUCAGAAUGCAGCAAAUGAAGGCCGCAAAGAGAUGUUAGAGACACAAAAGCGUGUGUCGAGUGAAAAUCUGAAAGCUCGGAAGCUUGCGUGCGUUGCAGCAAAAGAUCACAAGGAAUCAGUCAUUCUAGAGACGUAUCGAUCGUUGAUGAUGCAAGACACAACUAGAAUGCCUGAAGAUGUGAGAGCUGAGCACGUGUUGGCAUUGAAGUGCUUCAGGGAGAGGUUAUUUGGUAAAACUAAUUAAGGUAUUUCCGGAAAACCAAAUCUGAUCCCGGGUGCAUAUGCACCUGGUAUGUAUAAAACAUAUUUUCAACACAUAAAAAAUUUAGUAAAAAAAUUUAGCAUAUAGAGGGACAUGUUCUAUGUGUGCACGUAAAGUUUCACAUAAAACCAACAAUUUUUCUACCCUGUGUAAAAAAGACAAAUAAUGCCUCAAAAAAUAGACUAUUUUAGCACCAAAGAUUUGUCUUUUUUGCACAAGGCACGAAACAUAUCGGUUUUUGUUGAAACAACUUUGUAAGCAUGUAAUAUGUCAAGGUAUACACGGGGAAUUUUUAUUUGUA